AUGUUGGACCUCAGGUUUACCUCUGCGGAGCUCCGCUUUGCGACAACCACGCUCGCGAUAAUUGCAGCUCUUGCGCCCGCGGUGUACUUCCUCCUGCCAGCCAAGAAGCAGGAUGCAACAGAACAUGUCAAGACCUUCAAAAAGCUCAUCAAAGCCUACUCGACACUUCGUCCAGAAGCCUUAGUAUCGACAGCGUCUCGCGACUUCACACACACCGUUUUGCCGGCCUCUCUCAAUCUACCUUCAAGGCCUCUGAAUGCCUUCAAGGGGCAUGCUGGCAUGAUUUUCUCUUUGUUCGAGAGUUUCGAGAUGGCGCCGCAGCCGAAUGGGAACGGGGAUGCAGUUCACUACUCAAAAGAGACGAAUACGGUCACGGCACAUUGCAGGAUGGGCGGAAAGGUCACUGCAGAGAGUUCGAUGGGACAGAAGCUCAUCGCUAGUGGCCUUACGGAGUGGUGGACAGAGUGUGUGAUUUUUGUGCAGACGAGUCCAGAUGGGAAGAGAAUUAUUGAGGUUCGGGAGUUUGUGCACAGCGCAAAGGCGGAAGAGCUGCAGGAGAGGCUGUCUGGGGUCCUGAGAGAUUAG